AUGUCAGACGAUCGAAUGGAAAUCUCCGACGAGGAGGGUUCCUCCCUCUUCGCAUCGCCCACUCACCCUCCCACCUCUCGCGCCCAUCCCCCGUCGCAAGCGCAGCAACAACAGCAACAACAGAAAACCCCCGUCGCUUCGAGCGCAGCAGCCGCCGCCGCCACCUCAGCAUCCAAGGAUUCCAGCACCAAUCAGAGCAACAGCAGUCGCUCUUUCGGCAUCGACAACACCACCAUCGAGAGUCGCGAAGCCGCUCUACAGCGCGAGCUAGAAGGAGUGCGCAAGAUCAACCAAGUAAUCGAAGGCGUCAUUGGUACACUGGAGCGCGCAAAGGGGAAUAUGGGUACGGUUAACCGCACCAUCCACUCGGCCUCCCACCUCCUCACCACCUGGACCCGCAUCCUUUCCCAAACCGAGCACAACCAGCGCCUCCUGCUCAACCCCUCAUGGAAGGGCGCCACUGCCGACCUGGUCGAAAUCGAAGCCGAAGCCCUUGAGCGCCAGCGCGAAGCCGAACGGAAAGCCGCCGAGGCGGAGCGCAAGCGAGAAGAGGCGCGCCGCAAAGCAGAAGAAGAGGCGGAACGGAGACGGUUGGCUGCUGCGUCGAGUGGACUGGGAUCAACGAGGGGAAGGCCGAGGAGCAGAUCCGUUGGAGUGGCGAGCUCGAGGUAUGGGAUUGGAGUUACGAGAAGCAGUGCGACGGGGACGAGAGGAGGCAGGUCUGGGUCGGGGGUGGGAAGCUUGGUUGGGACUGGGAGGACGGGAACGGGGACGGCAGGUACGGCGGCUGGAAGAGUGGGCAUGACUACUAGGAGUGGACUGGCUUAUCGACCAGCUGGGGCGACAGGGACGUCGGGGAUACCGAGUGUGAGAGGAGGGAGAGGAGGGACAACGACGACGACUAGGGGCGCGAGGGGUGGAAGUAUAACGACGACAAGAGGGGCGAGAGGUGGUACAACAAGAGGUGGAAGUGCGCGUUGAGGAAGGGAUGAAAGUGUGCUGGUCAUGCUUAUGAUCAUGACCACAACCAUGACGAUGACGAGAAGAAAGAUAUGUUAGAAUGCUGUAAACUCCGCAAAGGAGAAAGCCAUGUCAUUUUAGAAACCCCCAUAUACCCGAUACCAAUGUACAUAUACCCAAACCAAACCAGACCUUCUAAUUGAAACCCCUAAAAAACGCCAUUUUAUAACCUCCCACAUUAUACC